AAGCUAUUUUUUUGCCCAUUCUACAAGUGAAAUGGGCUUGUAAGCUUUGGUUGUUUGUUCCUUUAUAUUGUUCAGUUAUUGUGGCAGCAAAGCGAAAUUGUAAUUAGUCUCUCUAGUGUUUUACGAUUGUUUUAUUACUUUUAAGUGAAAUAAUGUGGCAGUGAUAGUAAAAAUUGCGACAGUGAGGUGUACACGAUUCGCUUCAUCGAUGAUGAUGGAAACAGACAAAAUCGACGAUUCGAACAGUAAUUCACAACAAUAUCCAAUGACAAUUUUAUCACCGUACGAUACGGCCAGGAAGAAAGAACCAUCGGCCACUUUUAACGCGGAGAGAGAAACAUGUCUGAAAUGCUUCGAAAAAUGGAGCGAAACCGACCAAGUCGAAUUCGUAGAAAAUUUACUAGCUAGGAUGUGUCAUUACCAACACGGACACAUCAAUUCCUAUUUGAAACCUAUGCUUCAACGAGAUUUUAUAUCUCUUUUACCAAAGCAAGGAUUGGACCACGUCGCUGAGAAUAUAUUGUCAUAUUUGGAAGCUGAUAGUUUACGGAACGCCGAAUUGGUGUGCAAAGAAUGGUUUAGGGUAAUCUCAGAGGGUAUGCUUUGGAAGAAGCUAAUCGAGCGAAAAGUUCGAACGGAUUCAUUAUGGAGAGGCUUAGCCGAACGCAGACAAUGGAUACAAUAUUUAUUCAAACCACGACCUGGUGAAAACCAUCGUCCUCAUUCGUUUUAUCGAGCCCUUUUCCCGAAAAUCAUCCGCGAUAUAGAAAGCAUAGAAAGUAAUUGGCGAAACGGUAGACACAUCUUGCAACGAAUCAACUGUCGAUCUGAAAACAGCAAAGGAGUUUAUUGUUUGCAAUACGACGAUCAGAAAAUCGUGUCGGGUCUCAGGGACAAUACAAUUAAAAUAUGGGACAGAAGUACAUUGCAGUGCACUAAAGUUCUCAUAGGACAUACGGGAUCGGUUUUGUGUUUACAAUACGACGAUAAAGUUAUUAUUAGUGGUUCUAGUGAUUCGACUGUGCGCGUCUGGAACGUUAACACGGGAGAAAUGGUCAAUACGCUCAUCCAUCAUUGUGAAGCCGUCCUUCAUCUUAGAUUCAAUAACGGAAUGAUGGUCACCUGUUCAAAAGAUCGGUCGAUAGCUGUGUGGGACAUGACAUCCCCGAACGAAAUCACCCUUCGUCGGGUGUUGGUGGGGCAUAGAGCCGCCGUAAACGUGGUCGAUUUCGACGAAAAAUACAUAGUUUCGGCAUCGGGUGAUCGAACGAUAAAAGUGUGGAACACCUCAACUUGUGAGUUUAUACGAACGUUAAACGGACAUAAACGAGGCAUCGCCUGUUUGCAAUAUAGAGAUAGGUUGGUCGUAAGCGGAAGUUCGGACAAUACUAUAAGGUUGUGGGAUAUCGAAGGCGGUUCUUGUCUGCGGGUGCUUGAAGGGCAUGAAGAACUAGUGCGUUGUAUUCGUUUCGACUCGAAACGAAUUGUCAGCGGGGCUUAUGAUGGAAAAAUUAAAGUUUGGGAUCUCGUCGCGGCGCUUGAUCCCAGAACGCCGGCCAGUGCUUUAUGUCUUCGAACAUUGGUAGAACACACAGGUAGAGUGUUCAGGUUGCAGUUUGACGAAUUUCAAAUAGUGAGCAGUUCACACGACGAUACUAUUCUUAUUUGGAAUUUCCUUAAUUCAAUUGGAGAUAGAAAUACGAAAUCGCCUUCUCCGUCUCCAUUUGAAUGAAUUGUCCAGAAGCCGCUUUCUUCAUCAUGUGUGUGUGUAAAGAAACAAUUUUGGGGCAAGUGCUCGUGUCAAUCAGUUGACGCAUAAACUGACUAGGAAUAUAAAAAUUUAGAAAAUUAUUUGUAAUAAUUGUGUAUAAUGUUAUACUUAAAUUGGAUAUAUUUAUGUCUUAAUUUAUAAUAUGAAAGAGCGUAUUUGACAUAAUUGGAGUUAGUUUUUUAUGUGUUUUGUCUUUUCGGAACAUUUUUCGCUGUUGUUUCCUAGACCGAAUUAAGAACGUUUAUCUCAUAGAUGUCGACACAAAACCUCUGUUGAUCUGUUAUAAUUUAAAUGAGUUUAAUUAUGAAUUAUGUGAUAGUACGUUUAAAACAUCUAAGAGUACGAUUUUUUAUGCGUGUACGCCAUUUUAUCUAUAUACUUGAUGGAUCAUUAGUUAAUUGUUGACGUUAUGCAAAGUUUGUUUUAAUUCCGUUGUCGUUGAAUUUUGCAAAAAUGAACAACUAAUUUUAGCUCUCUAGUCUAUGAAAUUUCAAUGAUAGAACUCUAUAGACUCUACACGAUUUAGGAAUCAGGUUGUUUUUAAUAAUUUUUACACUGUAGUGGUGCAGAUUCUAUCUACAGUUUGUUGGGCAAAAAACUGAGCUUCUAGUCUAAUUAUUUUUUGCAAACUUAGAGAGAGCGUUUAGGCAGUAAAAAAUUGUACAGUACAUUUAAAUUGAUUUAUAGGAUUUUGGGGUGAUUUCAGUGAUGAUUAAUUUUAGUUUAGGAUUAAACUUUCAUCGUUUUCAUCGAUCUAUUUAUUUUAAGGGUUUUCUCCCUAUUUUUUUAUGGGAAAAUUAUUGCAACCAAAAGUAUUUUAUAUUUGGUGCAUUAAUUUAAUGAGGCUGCGAGUGUACUGGGAUUCCAAGAAGUGGCCACGGGCUGUUCUUGCUAAUUUAUUUUAGACGAUUCUGCCAAAAUGUAGUAUUUCUCCUAGAUUAGAUUUACAAUAAUACUUGUAACGGCUUUUGUGAUAAAAUCUUACAGAAAAAUUUGUAUGUCUGUUUUGUACUAUAUCUGGAAUGUACACAAUUUCAUGUUUAAAACAACCUACAUUAUCAAUAAGAGGCACUUAAAUCAUUUUAUAGAUUAAUGUAAAUACUAUGAAUGUAGUGGUAACAUCAUUUGCAUUUACUAUUUUUAUUUAGAGUUAUUUAUAUUUUAUGCGUGUAAUACAUUUUGCUGAGACAA